AGAGAGAGCACCGCCGCUCCGUGACCAGAGUGGAAUGUCCCCAAGUUUUUGGAAUUUUAAACCAUGGAGAGGAUAUCGAACCUGCGGACCACUUGAACCGGGCUCCCUCACUGCGGAUGACGCUCCUGAUGACGGCUCGCAACACUGACGGCAGGACGGCGGAUCAAUAGGAGCUUCGUUGCCCCGCUCUCCAUCCUUCUCUCCAACUGUCUUCCCUUAUCCCUAGACAGAAGAGUGGAACCGAAAGAAAACCCAGACUUGGGACCAGUACUCCUCCUCCUCCUUUCUUUAUCCUUCCCCAACCCCCUAAGCCUCGCCUCUAGACAGCCCAGUCAUGUGCCCCCUCGCUCGGGCAGCGGCUACCCCCGGCCAGGGGAACUUGUUUCUCCUCUUGGGGCUUUUGCUCAUCAUGGGCUCCUCCGUCUCUGGAGGCCGACCCCCACCCAACAAAGAAUUUGCCCCCACUGAGUCGGGGCUUACACAUCUGGCCAUCCACAACAAGACCGGAGAAGUCUAUGUGGGAGCCGUCAACUGGAUUUUCAAGCUGUCUAGCAACCUGACCAAACUGCGCAGCCACAUGACGGGCCCGGUGGUGGACAACGAGAAGUGCUACCCUCCGCCCAGUGUCCAGUCCUGCCCCCACGACCUGGCCCAGACCCCCAAUGUGAACAAGCUCCUUCUCAUAGACUACGCACAGAACCGCCUCAUCGCCUGUGGCAGCACCUCGCAGGGGAUCUGCCAGUUCCUUCGCCUGGACGACCUCUUCAAGCUGGGCGAGCCCCACCACCGCAAGGAGCACUACCUUUCCAGCGUGGCGGAGUCGGGCACCAUGUCCGGGGUCAUCAUAAGCUCCGCCCACAGUCCGACCAGCAAGCUGUUCAUAGGAACGCCCAUCGACGGCAAGUCCGAGUACUUCCCCACCUUGUCCAGCCGCAAGCUGAUGGAGAACGAGGAGAACGCCGACAUGUUCAGCUUCGUCUACCAGGACGAGUUCGUCUCCUCUCAGCUGAAGAUCCCGUCGGACACGUUGUCCAAGUUCCCCGCUUUCGACAUCUACUACGUCUACAGCUUCAGCAGCGAGCAGUUUGUCUAUUAUCUGACGAUGCAGCUGGAUACCCAGCUGACGUCCCCCGAUGCCAGCGGGGAACAGUUCUUCACCUCCAAAAUCGUCCGGCUCUGCGUGGACGACCCCAAGUUUUACUCCUACGUCGAGUUCCCCAUCGGCUGCACGAAAGACGGAGUGGAGUACCGCCUGGUCCAGGACGCCUACCUGGCCCGGCCGGGGCGGCAGCUGGCCAACUCUCUGGGGAUCUCCGAGAACGAGGACAUCCUCUUCACGGUCUUCUCCCAGGGCCAGAAGAACCGGGCCAAACCACCCAAAGAGUCGGCGUUGUGCCUGUUCACCCUGAGGAAGAUCAAAGAGAAGAUCAAAGAGAGGAUUCAGUCCUGCUACAAGGGAUACGGGAAGCUCUCCUUACCCUGGCUGCUCAACAAGGAGCUCGCCUGCAUCAACUCGCCGCUGCAGAUAGACGAUAACUUCUGUGGCCAGGACUUCAACCAGCCUCUGGGGGGAACCAGCACCAUCGAGGGCACCCCCCUCUUCAUCGACAAAGACGACGGCAUGACCUCGGUGGCGGCGUACGAUUACCGCGGCAACACCGUGGCGUUUGUCGGCACGCGCAAUGGCAAACUGAAGAAGAUCUUGGUGAACUCUGUGAGCCCCAGCCGCCCGGCUGUGCUCUACGAGAAGGUGACGGUCAGCGAGGGAGGAAGCCCCUUACUCAGAGACAUGCUGUUCAGCCCGGACCUGCAGCACAUCUACACACUGACCGACAAACAGGUGGUGAGAGUUCCAGUGGAAAGCUGUGAGCAGUACACCACUUGUGGGGAGUGCCUGGGCUCCAGAGACCCUCACUGUGGAUGGUGUGUCCUCCACAAUGUUUGUUCACGUAAGGACCGGUGUGACCGGGCGGGCGAGGCCCAGAGGUUUGCCUCCGACCAGAAGCAGUGUGUGGAGCUCAGCGUUCAGCCCAGGAACAUCUCCGUCACCAUGUCCGAAGUCCAGCUGGUCCUCCAGGCUCGUAAUGUGCCCGAUCUCUCAGCGGGGGUCAACUGCUCCUUCGAGGACUACGUGGAGACGGAGGGGCGGAUCCAGGGGGGGCACAUCUUCUGCCUGUCUCCUUCGGUCCGCGACAUCAUCCCCAUCACGAGGAACAAAGGGGACAAGCGGGUGGUGAAGCUCUAUCUGAAGUCCAAGGAGACGGGCAAGAAGUUCGCCAGCGUCGACUUCGUCUUCUACAACUGCAGCGUGCACCAGUCCUGCCUCUCCUGUGUGAACGGCUCGUUCCCGUGCCACUGGUGCAAGUACCGCCACCUGUGCACCCAGAACGCCAACGACUGCUCUUUCCAGGAGGGACGCGUCAACAUCUCUGAGGACUGCCCUCAGAUCCUCCCCUCCACCCAGAUCUACAUCCCUGUCGGGGUGACGAAGCCCAUCACCUUGGCUGCCAAGAACCUGCCCCAGCCCCAGUCGGGCCAGAGGAACUACGAGUGUGUGUUCCACAUCCAGGGGGAGACCCACAGCGUGCCCGCCCUGCGCUUCAACAGCACCUCCAUCCAGUGCCAGAAGACAGCGUACGCCUACGAGGGCAACGACAUCAGCGACCUGCCAGUCAACCUGUCGGUGGUCUGGAACGGGAACUUUGUCAUCGACAACCCCUUCAACAUCCAAGCCCACCUGUAUAAGUGCUACGCCCUGAGGGAGAGCUGUGGGAUGUGUCUGAAGGCCAACCCCCGGUUUGAGUGCGGCUGGUGCGUUCUGGAGAAGAAGUGCUCCAUGAGGCAGGAGUGUGCUCCUCCAGAGAGCACCUGGAUGCACGCCACCACAGGAAACAGCCGCUGUGCACACCCCAAGAUCAUCAAGUUGACUCCGGAGACGGGGCCCCGGCAGGGGGGGACCAUGCUGACCAUCAUGGGAGAGAACCUGGGUCUGCAGUUCAAAGACAUCCAGAGCGGAGUCCGCAUCGGCAAGGUGGCCUGCAACCCCCAGGAGGACCAGUACAUCAGCGCUGAGCAGAUUGUGUGCCGGCUGAACGACGCCACCGGUUACAGGGUGCAGGAGGCUCAGGUGGAGGUGUGUGUGAGGGACUGCAUCAACCCCGACUACAAAGCCGUGUCCACCAAGGCCUUCACCUUUGUGUCUCCGUACUUCACCCACGUGGUUCCGUCCACCGGGCCGCUGUCUGGGGGAACCAGGAUCACCAUCGAAGGCAGUCAUCUCAACGCGGGCAGCGCCGUGUUCGUGAAGAUCGGACUUCACCCCUGUCGCUUUGAGAAGCGCAGCAACAAGCAGAUCGUGUGCGUGACUCCGGCGGGCCAAACCUCGGGGCCCACCCCGGUCAUGGUGGACAUCAACUCUGCGGAGCUGAGGAACCCGGAGGUCAAGUUCAACUACUCUGACGAUCCCACCAUCCUCAAGAUCGAGCCCGACUGGAGCAUCGCCAGCGGAGGGACCAUGUUGACCAUAACCGGAACCAAUCUGGCCACCAUCAAGGAGCCCAGAAUGAGAGCCAAGUACGGAGCUGCCAAGUCCGAGAAUAACUGCACGGUGGUCAACAACACCGUGAUGGUGUGUCUGGCGCCCUCUGUGGCCGGAUCCGACAAAGUCUUCUCGGAGUCGGGCAGCAGCCCCGACGAGGUCGGCUUCGUCAUGGACGCCGUGCGCUCCGUGCUGGUGGUGAACGAGACGUUCAGCUACCACCCCGACCCGGUGUUCGAGCCCCUGAGCCCCUCGGGCGUGCUGGAGCUGAAGCCCAGCUCGCCGCUCAUACUCAAGGGCCGUAACCUGAUCCCCGCGGCCCCAGGAAACGCUCGUCUGAACUACACGGUGCUGAUCGGGGACACGCCGUGCGUCCUCACCCUGUCUGAGAGCCAGCUGCUGUGCGAGUGGCCCAACCUGACCGGAGAGCACAAAGUCACCGUGCGCGUCGGAGGCUUCGAGUACUCACCGGGGACCUUGCAGAUCUACUCAGACAGCCUGCUCACUCUGCCCGCCAUCAUCGGCAUCGGAGGCGGCGGCGGCUUACUCCUGCUGGUUAUCAUCGUGGUGCUGAUUGCUUACAAGAGGAAGUCGCGGGACGCCGACCGCACCCUCAAACGGCUGCAGCUGCAGAUGGACAACCUGGAGUCCAGGGUGGCCCUGGAGUGCAAGGAGGCCUUCGCCGAGCUGCAGACGGACAUCCAUGAGCUCACACAGGAGCUGGACGGGGCCGGGAUCCCCUUCCUGGACUACCGCACCUACGCCAUGAGAGUCCUCUUCCCCGGGAUUGAGGACCACCCUGUGCUUAAGGAGAUGGAGGUACGGGUCCCCGCUAACACGGAGAAGGCCCUGACGUUGUUCGGCCAGCUGUUGACCAAGAAGCACUUCCUCCUGACCUUCAUCCGCACCUUGGAGGCCCAGCGGUCCUUCUCCAUGCGGGACCGGGGCAACGUGGCGUCCCUCAUCAUGACGGCGCUGCAGGGGGAGAUGGAGUACGCCACGGGCGUCCUCAAACAGCUCCUGUCUGACCUCAUCGACAAGAACUUGGAGAGCAAGAACCACCCCAAGCUCUUGCUCAGGAGGACGGAGUCGGUGGCUGAAAAGAUGCUCACCAACUGGUUCACCUUCCUGCUGAACAAGUUCCUCAAGGAGUGUGCCGGCGAGCCUCUCUUCAUGCUGUACUGCGCCAUGAAGCAGCAAAUGGAAAAGGGGCCGAUAGACUCCAUCACAGGAGAGGCCCGCUACUCCCUGAGCGAGGACAAGCUCAUCCGGCAGCAGAUCGACUACAAGACGUUGACGCUGCACUGCGUGAACCCGGAGAACGAGAGCGCUCCGGAGGCGACGGUGAAGAGCCUGAACUGUGACACGGUGACGCAGGUGAAGGAGAAGCUGCUCGACGCCGUGUACAAGGGCACGCCGUACUCCCAGAGACCCAAGGCCUCCGAUAUGGACCUGGAAUGGCGGCAGGGAAGGAUGGCCCGCAUCAUCCUUCAGGACGAGGACGUCACAACGAAGAUAGACAACGACUGGAAGAGACUCAACACCCUGGCUCACUACCAGGUGACGGACGGCUCCGUGAUCGCCCUGGUGCCCAAACAGAACUCUGCCUACAACAUCUCAAACUCCUCCACGUUCACCAAGUCCCUCAGCAGAUACGGUACGAGAGAAGAGAGCAUGCUGAGGACGGCCAGCAGUCCGGACAGCUUGCGCUCCCGAACGCCCAUGAUCACGCCCGACCUGGAGAGCGGCACCAAGCUGUGGCACCUGGUGAAGAACCACGACCACUCGGACCAGAGGGAGGGGGACCGAGGGAGCAAGAUGGUCUCUGAGAUCUACCUGACCAGACUGCUGGCCACCAAGGGAACCCUCCAGAAGUUCGUGGACGACCUGUUCGAGACCAUCUUCAGCACGGCGCACCGAGGGAGCGCCCUGCCGCUCGCCAUCAAGUACAUGUUCGACUUCCUGGACGAGCAGGCGGACAAGCACUCCAUAUCGGACUCUGAUGUGCGGCACACUUGGAAGAGCAACUGUCUUCCUCUGCGGUUCUGGGUGAACGUGAUCAAGAACCCCCAGUUUGUCUUCGACAUCCACAAGAACAGCAUCACGGACGCCUGCUUGUCCGUGGUGGCUCAGACCUUCAUGGACUCCUGCUCCACAUCAGAACAUAAGCUCGGGAAGGACUCCCCGUCGAACAAGCUGCUCUACGCGAAAGACAUCCCCAACUACAAGAACUGGGUGGAGAGGUACUACUCGGACAUCUCCCGCAUGCCGGCCAUCAGUGACCAGGACAUGAGCGCCUACCUGGCGGAGCAGUCGCGCCUUCACGUGGACCAGUUCAACAGCAUGUCGGCCCUCAACGAGAUUUACUCCUACAUCGUCAAGUACAAGGACGAGAUCUUGUCGGCGUUGGAGCGUGACGAGCAGGCGAGGAGGCAGAGACUGAGGAGCAAGCUGGAGCAGGUCAUCGACACAAUGGCCCUGAGCAGCUGAGGAGCACCUCCAGCUCCUCCUCCUCUUCACUCCUCCUCUUCAUCCGUCUCCCUCCGUCGCUCCUCUCACCCGGACAGCAAACAAACACUCCGACCCCCCCGACCCCCCCGAGCCCCCGACAACACGCCAGACGAACUGCAAAACGGACCAUAGCAGUAUACUGCAGGAUGGGGGGGGAAGGGAGGGGUUCGGCAGAGGUGGGCGGGGCCUGUGUGUGUGUGUGUGUGCGUGUGUGUGUGUGUGUGUGUGCGUGUGUGUGUCUGCCGCCCCCCGUACAGUGUGUGUGGGCUCGUGUCUGUGCGAGAGACACCAGACAUUUUCACACACGCAAACAUGGGGAAACAUGUCAACUGACAGCAUUUGGUUAUUGUGGACGUCGUCGUUGUUGUUUGUUGUCUGCUUGGCUUUUGAUUUCAGGAGUUUUUGUUAUCGUGACGAAGCGACGGUCAGGAAAGAAACGAUGGAAAGAAACGAUGGAAAGAAACGAUGGAAAGAAACGAUGGAAAGAAACGAUGGAAAGAAACGAUGGAAAGAAACUCCGCUCGCGGCGUCCACAGAAUGGACCAAUCUGUGGUGAGCCAAUGGAGACGGCUCUCCAGGUCACGUGACUCCACCGGGCGUUUUAAAGGGCGCUCGACUCUUUUCUUUCUUUUUGUAUAGAUGUCAUCGACCGACCGCUCUCUGAUCUCUCGCCACUUGUAUUACUGCUGAAUUUGCACAAUUUACAGAAACGUUACAAAGGAAGAUGAUAUAGAUAUUAUAUAGAAAUACAGCUACGUUUUUAAAAGAAAGAUUAGGGCGAAAACACCUUUUUGUUGUUUUUCCUCUUCAUUUUAAACCAACGAACAAUAAAAGUAACAACAAUAAAACACGGUUUGAUAUUUGAAGUACAAAAGAAAAGAAAAAAAAAAAACAACGUAGACAAAAAAACAAAAACAUAAAAAGUCGUACCGUGCCAUGUUUUCUUUGAAUGUUGUUCAGUGCAAAGACUUUUUUUUUUGUUCGAUGGGAUGUGCUAGCGUAUGAUUUUUAAAUAUGAACACGCCUUCGUGACUGAAAGGAACCGCCGGAGCGCCGACCGCCGCGAGCGCUCCUCCAGGUCGCCAUGGCGACGACGGGAAGUCGCUGCGGUUUUUCUCCUCCAAUCAGUGCAAUCGUUUUGGUUUCACACAACCAAAAUACACACUCCCGGGAUGGU